UUCUCUGAGGUUCACCAGUAGUGCCACUCAUUUGCCAAUAUCAAGCAAGCACAUAUAAGCCACUUGUAAUCUCUUCAGAGAACAGAAAUACUCUUCACAGUACCUGGUGGAACUGCAUUGGAGUGUGAGGUACGGCUCACAGAUUCCAGAAAGAUCAUCAUGAAGUUAUAUGUGUUUCUGGUUAACACUGGGACCACUCUGACAUUUGAUACUGAGCUAACUGUGCAAACUGUGGCUGACCUUAAGCAUGCCAUUCAAAGCAAAUACAAGAUUGCUAUUCAGCACCAAGUGCUGGUGGUCAAUGGAGGAGAAUGCAUGGCUGCAGAUCGAAGAGUGUGUACCUACAGCGCUGGAACGGACACAAAUCCAAUUUUUCUUUUUAAUAAAGAAAUGAUCUUAUGUGACCGUGCACCUGCUAUUCCUAAAACUACGUUUUCAACAGAAAAUGACAUGGAAAUAAAAGUUGAGGAGUCCCUUAUGAUGCCUGCGGUUUUUCACACUGUUGCUUCAAGGACACAACUUGCAGUGGAAAUGUAUGAAGUUGCCAAGAAGCUUUGCUCUUUCUGUGAAGGUCUUGUCCAUGAUGAACAUCUUCAGCACCAAGGCUGGGCUGCAAUCAUGGCCAAUCUGGAGGACUGUUCAAAUUCAUAUCAGAAGCUUCUUUUCAAGUUUGAAAGUAUUUAUUCAGAUUAUCUGCAAUCCAUAGAAGACAUCAAGUUAAAACUUACUCAUUUAGGAACUGCGGUUUCAGUAAUGGCCAAGAUUCCACUGUUGGAGUGCCUAACCAGACAUAGUUACAGGGAAUGUUUGGGAAGACUGGAUUCUUUAAAUGAACAUGAAGGCUCAGAGAAAGCUGAGAUGAAAAGACCCACUGAACUGGUGCUCUCUCCUGAUAUGCCUAGAACAACUAACACAUCCUUGUUAACCUCAUUUCACAAGUCAGUGGAGCAUGUAGCUCCCAAUCCCACCGAUGCUGAACUUGGCAGAGGACUUAGGGAAUCUUGUCAAAGUACUGUCCAGCAAGAAGAAGCUUCAGUAGAUGUUAAAGACAGUGAUCUGCCUUUUUUUAAUGUUUCCUUGUUAGACUGGAUAAAUGUUCAAGACAGACCUAAUGAUGUGGAAUCUUUGGUCAGGAAGUGCUUUGAUUCUAUGAGCAGGCUUGACCCAAAGAUUAUUCAACCAUUUAUCUUAGAAUGCCAUCAAACUAUUGCCAAACUUGAUAAUCAGAAUAUGAAAGCCAUUAAAGGACUUGAAGAUCGGCUGUAUGCCCUGGACCAGAUGAUUGCUAGCUGUGGCCGGCUGGUAAAUGAACAGAAAGAGCUUGCUCAGGGAUUUUUAGCUAAUCAGAUGAGAGCUGAAAACUUGAAGGAUGCAUCUGUAUUACCUGAUCUGUGCCUGAGUCAUGCAAAUCAGCUAAUGAUUAUGUUGCAAAACCACAGAAAAUUGUUGGAUAUUAAACAGAAGUGUACCACUGCCAAACAAGAGCUAGCAAACAAUCUACAUGUCAGACUGAAGUGGUGUUGUUUUGUGAUGCUUCAUGCAGAUCAAGAUGGAGAGAAACUGCAAGCACUGCUCCGCCUUGUAAUAGAGCUGUUAGAAAGAGUCAAGAUUGUUGAGGCUCUUAGCACAGUUCCUCAGAUGUAUUGCCUAGCUGUUGUUGAGGUUGUAAGGAGAAAAAUGUUCAUUAAACACUACAGAGAGUGGGCUGGUGCUUUAGUCAAAGAUGGAAAGCAAUUAUAUGAAGCUGAAAAGUCAAAAAGGGAAUCCUUUGGGAAAUUAUUUAGGAAAUCCUUUUUAAGAAACCGUCUGUUUAAGGGACUGGACUCCUGGCCCUCCUCAUUUUGUACUCAGAAGCCUCGAAAAUUUGACUGUGAACUUCCAGACAUAUCAUUAAAAGACUUACAGUUUCUUCAAUCAUUUUGUCCUUCAGAAGUGCAGCCGUUCCUCAGGGUUCCCUUACUUUGUGACUUUGAACCUCUACACCAGCAUGUACUUGCCCUACAUAAUUUGGUAAAAGCAGCACAAAGUUUGGAUGAAAUGUCACAGACCAUUACAGAUCUGCUGAAUGAACAAAAGGUAUCCACAAGUCAGGCAUCCCCACAGUCAGCUACUUCUCCAAGGAUAGAAAGUACAACUACUACCUCACCAAAAACUCCUCCUCCACUAACUGUUCAGGAUCCUUUAUGUCCAGCGGUGUGUCCCUUAGAAGAAUUGUCUCCAGAUAGCAUUGAUGCUCAUACAUUUGAUUUUGAAACCAUCUCCCAUCCAAACACAGAACAAACUAUUCACCAAGCUUCAUUAGACUUGGAUUCAUUAGCAGAAAGUCCUGAGUCUGAUUUUAUGUCUGCUGUGAAUGAGUUUGUGAUUGAAGAAAAUUUAUCGUCUCCAAACCCUAUAAGUGAUCCACAAAGUCCAGAAAUGAUGGUGGAGUCACUUUAUUCAUCAGUCAUCAAUGCAAUAGAUAGUAGGCGCAUGCAGGACACGAGUGCACGUGGGAAAGAGGGGUUUGGAGAUCGUGCUGCUCUGCAUGUCCAGCUGGAGAAAUGCAGAGUUGCUGCCCAAGACUCUCACGUCAGCAUACAAACCAUCAAGGAAGAUCUGUGCCACCUCAGAACAUUUGUACAAAAAGAACAGUGUGACUUAUCAGAUUCUUUAAAAUGUACAGCAGUAGAACUAAGAAACAUUAUUGAAAAAGUAAAAUGCUCCCUAGAAAUAACACUAAAGGAAAAAUAUCAGAAAGAACUCCAAUCUUUAAAAAGUGAGUAUGAAUGUAAACUUGAUGCUCUAGUAAAAGACAGUGAAGAAAAUGUAAAUAAAAUUAAAAAAUUAAAAGGAGAUUUAGUAUCCCUUGAGGAGGUUUUACAAAAGAAAGACAAUGAAUUUGCUUUGAUAAAACAUGAAAAGGAAUCUGCCGUCAUCGUGCAGCAUGAAAAGGAUCAAAAGUUGUUAGAGAUGGAAAAUAUUGUGCAUACUCAAAAUUGUGAAAUUAAAGAGCUAAAGCAGUCACGAGAGAUGGUGUUAGAAGACCUGAAAAAGCUGCAUGUUGAAAAUGACAAGAAAAUAGAGUCACUGAGAGCUGAAUUUCAGUGCUUAGAGCAAAGCCACCUAAAGGAGUUAGAGGACACAAUGCAUGUCAGACACACACAUGAGUUUGAGAAAGUUAUGACCGAUCACAAAGUGUCUUUGGAGCAAUUAAAAAAGGAAAACCAACAAAGAAUUGACCAGAUACUAGAAUCUCAUGCCUCAACUCUCCAGGAGAAAGAACAACAGUUGCAGGAAUUGAAACUCAAGGUUUCUGAUUUGUCAGAUAUACGGUGUAAAUUAGAGGUUGAACUUGCAUUAAAGGAAGCAGAAACUGAUGAGAUAAAGAUCUUGUUGGAAGAGAGCAGAAUACAGCAAAAUGAAACUUUGAAGUCUCUCCUUGAACAAGAGACAGAAAACUUAAGAACAGAAAUAAGUAAACUCAACCAAAAGAUUCAUGAUAAUAAUGAGAAUUAUCAGGUGGGCUUAUCAGAGUUAAGAGCUUUAAUGACAAUUGAAAAAGAUCAGUGCAUUUCAGAGUUAAUUAAUAGACAUGAAGAAGAAUGUAAUAUACUUAAGGCUGAAUUACGCAAUGUAACAUCUUUGCAUCACCAAGCAUUUGAAAUGGAAAAAACCCUGAGAGAACAAAUUGUUGAACUGCAGGGCAAAUUGAACUUAGAACUGAGUGUGCUUGAAAGACAAAAAGAUGAAAAAAUAGCCCAGCAAGAAGAGAAGUAUGAGGCUCUUAUCCAGAAUCUUGAGAAAGACAAGGAGAAAUUGGUCAUGAGACAUGAACAAGACAAAGAACAGUUAAUUCAGAAGCUUAAUUGUGAAAAAGACGAAGCUAUUCAAACUGCACUAAAUGAAUUUAAGUUGGAGAGAGAACUUGUUGAAAAAGAGUUAUUAGAAAAAGUUAAACAUCUUGAGAAUCAAAUAGCCAAAAGAUUAGCUGUCCAGCAAGCCUCCAAGGAAUCAUCUUUUUCCACCUCCAUUGUUGCCAGUAGUCCUGCCUUUGAAUCAGCCAGAGAAGAUUCAUCAAGCCUAGUUGCUGAACUUCAAGAGAAGCUUCAGGAAGAAAAAGCUAAGUUUCUAGAACAGCUUGAAGAACAAGAAAAAAGAAAGAAUGAAGAAAUGCAAAAUGUCCGAACAUCUUUGAUUGCUGAACAACAGACCAAUUUUAACACUGUUUUAACAAGAGAGAAAAUGAGGAAGGAAAACAUAAUAAAUGAUCUUAGUGAUAAGUUAAAAAGUACAAUGCAACAACAAGAGCGCGAUAAAGAUUUGAUAGAGUCACUUUCUGAAGAUCGAGCUCGUUUGCUUGAAGAGAAGAAAAAGCUUGAAGAAGAAGUGAGUAAACUGCGAACUAGCAGUUUUAUCCCCUCAGCACCUGUGCUCGCAGCCCCAGAGCUGUAUGGAGCCUGUGCACCUGAGCUGCCAGGGGAGGCAGAGAGAUCAGCCAUGGAGACGACAGAUGAAGGAAGAGUGGACUCAGCAAUGGAGACAAGCAUGAUGUCUGUCCUAGAAAAUACACUGUCUGAAGAGAAACAGAGGAUCAUGCUUCUGGAGCGGACAUUGCAGUUGAAAGAAGAAGAAAACAAGCGGUUAAAUCAAAGACUGAUGUCUCAGAGCAUGUCCUCAGUAUCUUCAAGACAUUCUGAAAAAAUAGCCAUUCGAGAUUUUCAGGUGGGAGAUUUGGUUCUCAUCAUCCUAGAUGAGCGACAUGACAAUUAUGUGUUGUUUACUGUUAGCCCUACUUUGUAUUUUCUGCAUUCAGAGUCUCUUCCUGCCCUGGAUCUCAAACCAGGUGAGGGAGCUUCAGGUGCAUCUAGAAGACCCUGGGUCCUUGGAAAAGUAAUGGAAAAGGAAUAUUGUCAAGCCAAAAAGGCACAAAACAGAUUUAAAGUUCCUUUGGGGACAAAGUUUUACAGAGUGAAAGCUGUGUCAUGGAAUAAGAAAGUAUAGCCACAGAAGAAAUCUACAUCUGGUACCAUUUUCUGAUUUGUCCUCUAGCACUAAUAAAUCACUCCAAAACAACCGGCCAUCCUCCUUUUUACAAAAGUCAACACAGCAGUAUACUACAUUGGUGGACUACACUUCCCUUUUAAGUGGAUAUAUCUUAGGAACAAUAAAUUCAUCAAAAUUCUUGGCUGAAUUGAAAUGGUUUUCUUUUGUUUCCACCCAAAUAACUAGAAAUGCGGACCAAACUAGUUACUGUUCUCCAAGGGCAGUGCCUGCACCGUGGCUUGUGACUAGCCUCAUUAAUUGCCUGUUAAUAAACACUAGCUGACUAGACACCAGUGUUGUUGUUACCAGCAUUUGUUCUCUUGUGAACUCAAGAGUCCUUGCACUCUUUAACACAUUCUUUAUAAAAUGUAUAAAUCCUUCCAAACUAUUUAAAGAGGAGUGUACUGCAUGCAGAUAAUCAUAAUUUUGUUUGCCUCAGAAGACUGCUAACGCAAAUUCUUUAAUUUUUUUAAAUACCCUUUGAUGUUUAAAAAUAUAACAAUGUAAUUUGACUGACUUUAAGAUCAGCUAUAAACAAUGAGCAAUCUUGAAAAGCACUUUCCACAAAGAUCAUCCAGGCUCCCGGGGAAGAAGAGUCUGCACCACUGAGGUUUUCAAGUGCAGGACUCAAACUUCUCAGCAUCUUAGAACUGUUUGAAAUAAUCACAUUGAUGAACUUGUAAUUCAUGGUUGCACUUCAGAAACAGUACCAUUGUACAUUAACAUUUAGAGGUGGUUUAAAUAACAAAAUAUGGUAUUGUAAAGGAUCUGUACAAUUUUAAGACAAUAAAGAAUUGAAAGUGUAAAUAUGUGUGCCUUUCUAAGGUUACAUUUUUAAUCUAUUUGUGUGAUUGCUGGGAAGGGUGAAGAAAUUGUUCUGUAAUCAAAGAGAAACAUGUUUAUCACAGAGAUGUUGUUUGUAUCCUAUGUAACCGUGAAGUGGUAUUCUGUGGAAGAGAACCAUGUAAACUCGGGCUGUAGAAGCCGGCCGGCACUGAACAAAUGUGCUGAAGUAGUUAAUGGAUUAGAAAGAGCGUCUUCAGGGUUGCUGCUAGAGAGCACUAAGAAAAUGAUUCUUUUUCAGAAAUAUUUAAUUUCUUCAUAAAAUAAGUUGGAUAUUUUUAUAUAUAUGUAAUCUAAUAGAAUGAAUAAAUAUAGUGUAUAGAAUACUGAAUUUGACAACAUAUUAAUGAAUAAAUGGACAAAUGAUUUCAUAUGUUUCUAUUCAAUCCUUUGAUGACAUCUUUAUGCAGAGAUUACAAGUAUAACAAAUGACUGUAUUUUUUUUUAACAGUUGUGUUUGUGUCUCAAACUGCUAAGGCAGGCCAUUUUACUCAAUUAAUGCUCUUCAGAUUUAAUAUGUGGUUAUUAUGCUGUGGAAUUAUUGCUGUGACACACUAAAUCUCUUUUCUUAAUACUGAUCUUUAAUGUUA